AUGGCUGACAAUGUCAGUGCGAGUGUUUUUAACGUUUAUUCUUCAAAAGAAAAAAUUGGUCUGGCUAUUUUCUCAGGUGCUAUUUUCGUUGUUGCUGUUCCGGCCAAUUUAUAUGUACUACUGUUGACUUGUUUUUGUUCAAGUCGACGAAAACCUUCCGAUCUUUUGCAGAUGAAUAUGAAUGUGAGUCAAUUUUUAACCGCCUUGCUUCAAAUUCCUCUUCAACUUUUGGCGCAUGUAAUGAAACCAGAUCUAGUGGCAGAUGGUGGGAGUUUAUGUCAGAUAGUUGGCAUUCUGCCGUAUCCAUUAUAUGUCGUGACAAUUGAAACUAUGGUUUUUAUGUCGGUAGAUAGAUUAUGUGCGGUCAAAUCACCCUUGAAGUACGCAACAAAAAUGACUACAAAGCGUUUAAAAUGCAUUAUCCUGUUCACGUGGGCACAUGCAACAAUUUUCACAAUAAUCCUCGCGGUUUUUAUACAGUUUGGGUAUAACCGUACUCGAGGUCAAUGCGCAAUUGUUGGACAAAAUCAAAUUGUGAUGUUGGCCGUUAUCGGGGCAACGCAUGUCGCUAUACCAUUUGUACUGCUUAUUGGUUUUUAUUAUAAGUUGAUGAGAUUUUUAAAAAGACAUAAUCGACAAAUGUUUCAAGCUGCUGCUGCACAGACCAUAGAAGAAGGACGGCGAAGAAAUAUGCUCAACCAAGGUGAGUGGUUAAAAUUGUUCACCUCAAUCAAGUGGUGCUGGUGGCUCAGUGAAGAAUGUAUUUUCCUUUCAAGUGUGAAUGUUAGCUACAAGAGUGUUUCUAGUUUGACUCUGCCAGGAGCGGUUCUUUAAUACUGGACCUCUAGGAUGAAUUGAGAGAACUAGUACCAAAAACCACUGGAAAAAAGUGAAAUCCAUACUACGAAAUUUGCAAUUGCACCACUAAAUCCAUAGUAUAUCCAUCCUAUUUCCAUACUAUAUCAAUACUAUGGAAAUAUACAAUUAUUAUGGAUAAGCAAAUCCAUUCUAUUUCCAAUAAAGGUCUAUACAAUUUCCAUUCUAUGACCUUCUAUGGAUUUUCAAAUUUUUUCCAGUGAACACCAGAGAAAUGAAAAUGGAUAGGGAUUCAACUGCCUGAAAAAUACAAGUAAAAACGCGAGCGAAGACUCUUCGUUGGGAAGUUAGUGAAGUUUCUUCGGAAGAAUAAGGAAUAGAUUUUGUUGAAUAUGUGCAUGCAAUAUAUAAAAAAACUCUGAUCUCAUUUUUCUACUUCCUUUUCCAGGUCAAGAACGAAGAGUUGCAUCGAUGGUGUUCUGGAUAAUUACCACCUAUCUCAUCUCAUGGAUACCACCAAGUGUCACCGUGAUCCUACAAUAUACCCUAAAGUACCCACCACCGAUAAUGUUUGCACUUGCAGUGCUUACACUUCACGUCAACGAGGCAGCCUGUCCUGUUUUACACCUCGUUUUCAUGAAAAAUCUGGGAGAUCGAUUAAAGAAGUUUUGUUUUUGUCGAGAUGAAACGUCAAUGACGGAUAUAACCAACUCAAGUGAAGGUUGCCAAAACUAG